CAAGUAUCCGACGCGCAGACAGCAGUGGCCAAGUUAGCGUGACAUCUGAAAAACACUCAAUAGUGUCUAAUUGUCGUGUCAUAAUCGAGCCCUACUUCACCCGUAUCUAUCAUCUGUGCUCGACAGAUACCAUCAUGCCGCACCUUCUGAAUCUACACCAUCUUUUUCGAGCGAGCACAGCUUUUCGAUGUACCUUGCCAGCGAUUUCUGUGGCACACAGCAGUACACGAUCACUGUGUUCGUCGGGAGAAGGCAAAAAAACCAAAGUUGCUGUAUUCGAUUGUAAAUAUUUGAAGAAGCAACUGGACGAAAAAUUGGCAGACACACGGCCGGAUAUAGAAUUCACAUACUACGACUCUUUGCUUACCAGAGAGACAGCCACGCUUGCAGCGGGGCAUGAUGCUGUAAGCCUGUUUGUCAAUGGACAAAUUGAAGCUCCCACAGCAGACGCCCUGAAGAGGCAUGGUGUCGGCAUGAUAGCCCUUCGAUGUGCUGGAUUCAACCACGUAGACGUCAAUGCGUGUAAGGAGCUGGGAUUGUCUGUGGCGACCGUUCCAGCGUACUCACCUUAUGCCGUUGCGGAAUUUACUGUCGCGCUGUUGAUGUGUCUCAACCGCAAAGUUGUCACAGCAUACAACCGCAUAAGGAAUGGCAACUUCGCUCUCGAAGGACUCGGAGGAUUCGAUGUGCACGGAAAAACCAUUGGAGUACUGGGCACUGGGAAAAUCGGAUUUGCUUUCUGCUCGAUCAUGCUUGGCUUUGGGUGUAAGAUUCUGGCCGUCGAUCCCUAUCCAAAUCCUCAUCUGGUGGAUAAUCCAAAUGUCCAAUACGUUUCCAACAACGAAAUGUUCGAGCUGUCUGACGUGAUCGCCUUGUUUGCUCCAGCAACCAAAGAGAACCAUCACAUUGUGAAUAGAUAUAGCAUUGGACGAAUGAAGCCCGGAGUGAUGAUUCUGAAUACAGCGCGAGGCAGCCUCGUUAAAACGGCCGAUUUGGUCGAUGCCAUUGUGGACAAGCGGGUAGGGGCCGCAGGAUUGGAUGUGUUGGAGGAGGAGGGAGACUUGUUCUACACCGACCACUCGGAACACAUACUCAAGAACCCCUAUGUAUCACGCAUACUCACGCUGCCAAAUGUUAUACUCACGAGUCAUAUGAGUUUCCUCACACAAGAGGCGCUGUCGAAUAUUGCCGAGACGACGAUGUUCAACAUAGGCGAAUUCGCGGAUGGCAAGCGCAUGCACGAGCUGACUAAUUCUGUGUUACCGAAGGACUAGCUGCGCAUGCUGGAGUAGACAAUACAAUCGCCCAUGGUGAAGCAAGAUUAGUUGGAGACGUCUUGUGCCUGGGGCGUUGAGACGUUUGGAUUAUCGUUUGGAGUGGUGAUACUACGGCUGACUUCGAUACUUGUUAAUUUAGAUACGUCCAAUGAGUGCCACGUUAGACUUUCUCCCAUACGUGAUAACAACUAGUCGAGCGUGAAAUAUAUGCUGGCGACACCCUGCGACUGCUACCGCUUUGCGCGAAAUGAUAUCAUUAUCAACAUAGCGUAGUAAUUGCACCGGGAACAACAUUACAAUGCAAUCCACCAGUAACAGAGCAUCCGUUACUACACAAAUUCAUUCACACGAGAGGCACAUACAGUGCUGCCACCAAAGCGGAUUAAAUACAGAUGUUGGUGGAAGUAAUGGUGCGGCAGAGGUAGGCUUCUAGUAGGAAAAAAUGUACAAAACUUAAAGAGUUAACCUAUUCGACCUUGAAAUAUUUAAAAAAACUUUAUGUUUGCUUUAUUGGUCU